CUCAGCACAAACUGACAACUAUUUCUUUUCAUUAAUUAGUUAAUUUUUUUCUUAUUCUUUUAUUAUUUAAUUGUAAACAAUUUAAAUGUCGGUGUUCUUCUUGAUUGUGAACUGUGUUCUAUUGACACCUUGCCAUUUGGAGAAAGGGUUGUCUUUGUGAAUUUUUAUUUCUACCGAGGAUCAACCCAUCUUUCAACAACUGAUUGGUAAAAGGAGGGAGAGAGGAAAGAGAGAGAGAGAGAGAGGAAGAUAAAAUGAAUUCUCAUCCUAUUAUUAAUACUACUAUUAGUAGUAAUAGUGAACCAAUUUAUUGUAAUUUAAUUGAUUAUGGUGAUGAUUUUGGUUUGGAUUCUCGUUUGGAGAGGUUAAGAGUCUCUGCUUUGAUCAGUAAAAACAAUAAUGAGGAUCAUGUUCAACUUCAACAAACUUUGUCUCUACCAAAUGGACAAUCACAACAACUUCAACAACAACAGAUAAUUAGCCAAUGUGCUCAACCAAUUUCCAAUCAAUCUUGUCCUGAACAACAACAACAAUUACAAACUCAGCCAACCUUACAGGUUCAUCAGCAAUCUCAAUCUCAACAACAACAACAACAAUUACCACCAAUACAAACUCAACCUCAACCACCACCACCAUCACAACAACUACAACAACCGCCACAAUCACAAUCACAAUUACAACAUAAUAAUUCAAAUAAUUCCUCUGUUAUUCAUCCUUAUCUUCAAUACCUUUUAUCAGCUUCAUCGACUCCUUCUCAUCAUCAUCAAAAUAAUCAUCUCGCUCACCUAAAUCAUAAUCAUCCAAUUGAAGAUAUUGAUUGUUACCUUAACACCCCGGCCAAAGAUUUUGACAUUGGUGAUUCUUCAUUUACUAGCAGUCGUCAAUUUGAUUCAACAAUUAGUUCAACAAAUCAAUCGAGAUUUCAAUCAUAUAAAUAUCUAACUCAAGUUUGGCCAGAAGCUUCUCCAUCAAAAAUGUUGGAUUCGCCUUUAGGAAGAAAAGUUUAUCAUGUUGCUGCCGAACAAACAAAAACAUUAUCACCACCGAAAGAGAAAUGUGUCAAAAAUUAUGGAAGAGUAAAAUCUUGGGGCAAUUCUUUUGAUAAUUUAUUAAACGAUGCAAUUGGAGUCAAAAUUUACUCUAGGUUCCUAAGCAGAGAGUUUAGUGAUGAGAAUAUACUUUUCUGGUUAGCCUGUGAAAAGUACAAGACCAUGAUUAAAAAAACCGAGGCUCGAAAAGAGGCUAAAGCAAUUUAUGAUCAAUUUUUGACAAUCAAUGGCUCACAUACAGUCAAUGUUGAUGCGGAUGCAAGGAAUUCCGUUGCUAGGAAUCUGAAAAAACCUACUAAAGAGCUUUUUGAUAUUCCUCAAACUCAGGUUUAUAAUUUGAUGAAAAAUGACAGUUAUAAACGUUUUCUAACUAGUGAACUCUACGAAAUGUGCCUUGAAAGUGAGAAGACUGGAAAACCUCUUCCCGUUUGCUCCAAAGAUGACAGUGAUAAAAAGAAAGUGCCUUCAUCUAAAAGACGACUUUCCAUCGGAAGUUGGGUUCUCAAGAAAACUUUCAGAAAAUAGAUUCGAAAAGAACUUUUUUUUUCGUUCGAAAUUGUUAUUUCUUCCCUUUCCCUCGCCAAAAACACCAACUAUUUUUGCAUUACCUUUUUUUUAUCAAUAACUUUUUUUAAGCUUCAUAAUUAUUAUUAUUAUGAUAUUUUUUUGUAUCAAUAUCUAAACGAUUAGCAUCUUGAUUAUCAAGUGUAAACAUUACUCAUUUUAUCUCAAUCAUAGAUUGGAUAAUUACUUAUAUCAACACUUACUUUUUGCUAAUUGUAAGUGUUAAUUUCAGAUAUUUAUUUAUCCUUAAUUUCAACAACAAAUUGGAUGUGUAAACAUACACACACACAUACAAUUAUCAACUGGAUACAUAAUUGCACUAAAUUGAGAGUUAAUCUGAAACCAACAAUCAAUGUCACAAAUGAGUGACUAAUUAAUUAAUCCUCUAAUAUCUUGUAAUAGUAGUUAAAACUAAAUUGUAAACAGCGCAAGAGUUAAAUUGUAAUCGAUAUGAUUGACAUUAAAUUUUUUUCCCCAAUCAAA